AUGCCGCUGCCGAAGCGUUGCGUGGAGCCGGUGCACGUGUCGCGGGGCACGGUGCCCGAACGACUCGCGGUGCCCUCGGAACUGGAGGCCGUGACCAACGGCACCCUCGCCAAUACAGUCAGACAGCUAUCGUCCCUGUCAAAACAUGCGGAGGAUAUGUUCGGAGAGCUCACACGGGAGGCGACCAACCUCGCAGAGAGAACCAACGUUCUCCAGGCUCGGAUAGACAGACUCGCUAUCAAGGUUACUCAGUUGGACUCCGGAGUAGAGGAAGUCUCCCUCCAAGACAUACAGAUGCGGAAGGCGUUCCGCUCGUCGCGCACGUUUCAGCAGCAGUUGUUUUCGCGCACGACCAUACCGUCCGCCAUGCUGGCGACAUACGCGCGCUGCGACAGACCUCCGCCGCUGGAGAGGCUCAAUGAGUUCCGCGAUGACGGCAGGGACGCCAGAAAGUUCUAUACAGAUCCAGAUUACUUCUUUGAGCUAUGGAGAAGGGAGAUGCUGCAAGAUACUGAGAGGAUCCAGCACGAUAGGGGGAAGAAGGUGCGCCAACCGCGAACCGGGGGCGCAGAAGGUCGCGGCACACGAAGAGUUCGGGUGCCUCAUUCCACUCGAGACAGACAGAAGGCAGAGGUGGUUAACCGCGGCGAGCACAUAAUGGCGCCCACGCAGUUGCGACGGUAUAACAUCGAGCCUCAGUAUCGCCCCGAACCACUUUAUCAAGCUACAACUGUCACCGACGGCGGGUAUCGCACACCGCAGACGCGGGCGCCGAGCACGCAGCCGGCCAGACCUAACUCCAUCGAGAUUGAGAACCAACAGAACAGGACCCAACGUCUUACCGGCAAUGGCCACGUUGUGAACGAGGAGAGCCCUUACGGGCCGGUCGAGUCCAUUUAUGGAGGCAGUAUUGCGGGUACGCCGCGACGCGCACGUCCCUCUAUUCCCCCACCGGCGCCGCCCGCGCCUAUACAUAAUGAGUCGCUUACGCCGACCAGAUCCAGUUUGCCACCUCCUCCGCCCCCGCCUGACAGUGCUUCUCCGCCACCCGUUAACGGUACUUCACCGCCGCACCGCACCGCACUCGAUGCGCAUCUUGACCACAUGCAUGCUGUCAUUGGUAUGAUGUCAUCGGAAGAGAGUCCUGCGCGUGCGCCGACUCCACCGCCGGUACCCCUCGCGCCCCCGGCCCCUCCACCGCCCGCAGCCAACGAGGACCGACCCCGUCCUCCUUCGCCAGCUACUUUACUACGAGGCGCUUCUGCACUCAAACCACCAACCCUCGACCAUCAUCCCGCGGCGGACCCUCGCUCAGACUUGCUCAAGGCGAUACGAGAGGGGAUAAAACUACGAAAAGUGGAGAAGCGGUGCGAAGACAAUGUGGGUAAAUACGAUACACUUCGCGGUGCACCCGCGCUGCACGAUGUCGCGUCAAUUCUCGCGCGACGCGUCGCCGUCGAACAGAGCGACUCUGAUGAAGAAGACGAUUCCGAUCUCGACGACGACGAGUGGGCCGAUUAUAAGCCACAACCUGCUGAAGACAAAGUUGUCAAUGACUUUGAAACACAGAAGAUACAAGUUGAAGUAAAGUGUGAUAGUGAUAUUCCAAAAAUUAAUUCCUUUAAAAAUGAUGUCAGCGAAAAGGUAAAAGAAGCUUCCCCGAGAAAUGAAGUAGCCGUUCCCAUCAGAAAGAGCAGUCUUAAGAAAGUCCCACCACCAAUUAAAUGUGACGACUCCCCGCCGCAGGAACCUUUGCCAUCACCCCCUAAGUGUGCCACUCCACCUAAAGUAGAACAAAAAGUUAAUAUUAUAAAUUCACCUACUGUCAAAGAAAUUGCCAAAAAUUAUUCCCCACCUAAAGCCACUUCUCCACCUGUCAAUAGAGAAAUUCUAUCGCCACCUAUAAAAAACAAUGUCGCCUCCCCCCCUUGGGGCAAAGUUUCUCCCUUUAGAAAAGAAAUAAAUUCCCCUUCACCUGUAAGUUACACCAGUUCUCCUCCGAGCACUAUUCUCAAAACAUUAAAAAGUGACAUACACAUUGAAGAGAAUGUUGUUCCUCCUAAAGUUAAAAGGGAUUCUGUCACUGCCAAGGAUAUUCCCAAAACUGACAAGCUAUCACUGCCAAAUAAUAUUACUGAAGCUGUCACGAGUAGUGACUGUUCUAAUAAGAUAGAAGAUAUGAAUGGAGACAAAACAAAAAAUGAAGAAUCUAAUGGUGUAGGUGACAAAAUAAAAAUUUUUGAGAAAGCCGCUGAAGAAGCCGGUAAGCUGUCUCGACCGGGGUCAGUGCGUGGACGACCGCGCGUCGAUAGGUUAGGAUCUGAUAGCAAAGAAGACCUCCCGCCACCGGCUACUCCGUUCAAAGACAAUAUAUUUUUUGACUUGGGGCACACUGAGAAAACAAAUGAUGUUUUGGAAAAACAUGAUUUGCAGAGUAUUCCCAAACUGGAACGACAGCAGAGUGUGAAAAGUUCUGCUAAUAUAGCCACUAAUAAAUGGCAAAGAAAUAGCAACUCCCUCGAGGAAAAGAUACAGAAACCUGAACCACAAAAAAUCAUCAAACCAGAAUUUAAGCCUAUGUCAUCUCCCAUCGACUUAACGAUUCGAUCUCCCAGUAUUGUUGGAAAAAUUCCAGAACAAUUUCCCUCUCACGGCACGGCUUUCCGUAACGUAGCGUCGCCGGAUACCUCUCGCACGAAACCGCCAGAAGAUCAAUUUAAAACUUGCAAAGUUAAAAAUAAAGAAAAAUAUUCCGUGAGUAAAGGCUCCAGCUACUUCACGAGAGGUUCAGAGGAGAUUUGGCUCGUUAAGAAGAAAGAUAUAGAGGAAAUUGAGGAGCGAGUGUUGGAUUCAUUCCGUCGCGCCGGUAACUUCUGCAACAGAAGUGAAUCGAUGCGUCCGUCUUCCGAUGGCGGUCAAUCGUUUCCGCAUGCGACGAUGGGUCGAACCAAACGUCAAAUGUAUGCGAGGAGCGAAUCUCUAGAUCCUCAGUGGGCCGGCAACCGUUCGCAGACUUUGAAGCGACAGACAUCUGUGGCUUGUACGUGCGGACACGACAAAAAAGCGAGAUCUAAAAGCGCAGGAUCCGACACGACGGCCCGACAACGUUCUAAAAGUCACGGAGAUGACAAUCAGAGUCACGUUCUCGAUAAGUAUGAAACACUCGUCUAA